AACAAUUUUUUUUAGUCAAUUCACUUAUUUGCUGGUCGUUUUUGUAGUCUAGUCGUAACAUUUGCACCGAACGUCUGGCAAUGCCUUCAUUUAAUGAUUUAACCAACUCUGAAUUGUCCACAUUAUUGAAAAAGAAUGGAGUGGAUAAUGAAAAUUUCAAGAGUGACAGCUUACCUGUAACACCAAUUCAGUGCCCAAAUGCUCUUAAUGCAAAUACCAGUACCUUGAAAGAUUCAUCACGGAACUACAAAAUUCCAAAUCGUUAUUCUUAUGCUGUUAAAGCUGGGCUGAAAACAGAGUAUUUACACCCAAAUCUGAUUAACGAGCUCAUCAGAGAUGUCUGCACAAGUGUGCUGAGAUUUACAAACCAUCCCAGCAAAACAGAACGUGUAAAGAUUGCACUUAUGAUUGUUGAAUCAUAUCCAUUCUUGAAGGAUCCACUAUUAGAUGCGAACUCAAAGCCAUGGGUAAAUAAUAUUUAA